GUUGCUUACGCACAGUSGGUGGAUUGAGGGUAUGUGGAAAGUAGGAAUGUCGGAGGAGGUUGGAAAAGCGUUACAAGCUGUGGUAGACAGGGUAAAUCAAGCCGCGGCACGYCGACCCAAGACGUUGCCCGUGGUGCCGCCCCGCCUGGUAGCUGUAAGUAAGACGAAACCACCUGACAUGGUGAUCGAGGCGUACCGAAAAGGACAUCGCAACUUUGGUGAAAACUAUGUGAAUGAACUUGUGGAUAAAGCUUCAAAUCCCCAGAUUUUAGAAUCAUGCCCAGAAAUCGAGUGGCAUUUUAUUGGCCAUUUACAGAAGAAUAAUGUCAACAAACUUUUGGGUGUACCAAACCUGUUCAUGGUGGAGACAGUGGACUCUGUCAAGUUGGCCGACAAGGUAAACAGCUCCUGGCUGCGGUUGAGAACAGCUAGUACGCAGACGUUAAAGAUCAUGGUUCAGAUCAACACCAGUGGGGAGGAAAGUAAACAUGGACUGCCUCCUGGUGAGACCGUGACCACGGUGAAACACAUUUUAUCCAAAUGCUCUGCCCUACACUUCUCCGGACUCAUGACCAUAGGUCGCUAUGGCUACGACCUAGCUGAUGGCCCUAACCCAGAUUUUCAGGCUUUGCUGAGUCGGCGACAGGAAGUGUGUGCCAGUCUACAACUGCCGCUUGAGGAUGUGGAGCUUAGUAUGGGCAUGUCCACUGACUUCGAACACGCGAUUGAGGUGGGUUCAACCAACGUGCGAGUGGGUAGUACUAUUUUUGGWAAUAGGGAUUAUCCCAAYACUCCCACUCCCAGUCCAGAGAAAAAGUCAAAGGUUCCGACAGAAGARGCAGCUAAGAAGAUGGAGCGUCUCACUGUGACAGGACAGUGAUGUUUCUCCUCCCUACACACUCACAACAGGCUGAAAAGGAUUUAGUAUUUUAUGAGAUUUUCUGGAAAGAAACAACAGCAAGUUUCCACAGUAKGUCUUUAUGAUGUCUUUGGUUGAUGUAGUAGUUUUCUACAGAGCCCAUUCAUUUAUUUKAGCAUUUUUACAUGACGUUCGAUCUUUUAAGUUGACGUUGCAAACUUCUUCUCACAUUAGACAUAGAUUCUCAUUAAUCSAUUGAUGGUAUUGGAUAUAAGAAGUUCCCUACCUCACAUCUUGGUCUUGUGCCAACCCUAGAUUCAAUAGAUACCGUUUUACACGAUAACGGAAAUAGAGAUAAUUUGGAGAGUCAAGCAGAGGUCGACUCUCUCGACUCCCCCUUUAUAUCAUGACGUAUGGUAUGAGGCGAUUAAAUUGUUUUGUAUGGUGUCAGAUAUUUGACAUUUUUAUAAUUGAUAAACCAAAUKAGAAAACAGCAGGUAAAGAGUGAUUCAUACCAUAUGUUUACAUUGCCGUAUUAUUUCAUUUUGUGUGAUGUCAGUGAUUCUUCUGGUCUGAAUUAUUUGUUGGUGCAGUAAAAUAUUUAAGAAUGAACCUAUGCAAAAAGGAAAUAGUUUAGUUUGUUCUGUUAUGAGAUUUUCUAUCUGAUAGUUAUUAUGGAACAAUAACUCUGUAGUUACCAUCAAUGUAAAACUAAAUCCAUAACUGAGGGUGAUAAUGAUCACAUUCAGUGAAUUGUAUUGAAAAACAUUCACUUAAACAAGAUACAGGGUUAAAUUAAAACUGAGGAAGGUGACAAGCAAUAAAAUAUUUAUUGAAAAUAA